CCGAUUCCUUCUUCCGGUUUGUAGUAAGCGAGGCAUGUAGUAUAGUUGUCGACUGAAUAGGAUCACGUACCUUAAGUAUCGACAUUGACUCCUUCAGGGGAAAAAUGACUUUAUUUCAUUUUGGGAACUGUUUCGCCUUGGCUUAUUUCCCCUAUUUCAUUACCUACAAGUGCAGUGGACUGUCAGAGUACAAUGCGUUUUGGAGAUGUGUUCAGGCUGGUGCUACCUACCUUUUCGUACAGCUCUGUAAGAUGCUGUUCCUUGCCACAUUUUUUCCUACUUGGGAAGGUGGUGCUGGUGUGUAUGAUUUUGUUGGGGAGUUCAUGAAGACCACUGUUGAUCUAGCUGACCUUCUUGGGCUCCACCUUGUCAUGUCCAGGAAUGCUGGAAAGGGAGAAUACAAGAUAAUGGUGGCAGCCAUGGGCUGGGCUACUGCUGAGCUGGUCAUGUCUAGGUGCAUUCCUUUGUGGGUUGGGGCCCGGGGAAUUGAGUUUGACUGGAAGUAUAUUCAGAUGAGUUUCGACUCCAACAUCAGUCUAGUGCAUUACAUUGCCAUGGCGGCAGUGGUGUGGAUGUUCACACGAUAUGACCUGCCAAAGAGCUUCCGCCUGCCUGUUACGGUUUUGCUGGGACUAUGUGUCUACAAGGCGUUUUUGAUGGAGUUAUUUGUUCAUGUCUUUGUGCUCGGAAGCUGGACAGCUCUCCUGGUCAAGGCUGUGUUGACGGGUGCCAUCUCCCUCUGCUCGCUCUUCCUCUUUGUCAGUCUUGUGCACAGCAACUGAAGAAGGCAAUCGACGUGCUCCAGCCACAGACAUCCUUUUGACUGUGAUGUAGUAAACACCGACACAAAAAGGGCCAAUAUAGGUCCUUUAAUUGUACAAAAAAUUUUUAUUUUAUUUUAUUAAGUCCUUUGUGUCUUUAGAUACUCUUUUUGCGUGUUGGCUUUUUAGAGUACCGAUUGAAAGACAGUACAAGGCUGCUGGCACCUCUCCUUAGUGAUUAAAUUCAUGUAACGUCAAUAGGCUGCACAAAUUAAAAGUCUUACAUUUCCUGGCAUGCCCUGUUCAUAUGCUGAAAACGUUCUCAGGUCUUUCUGCCUUCACUCAUGGUGUGGUUUUAUUGGUCGAACGUUUUAAAAGGUGAAAUGGAAUACUGUUGGAGCACUGGCACACAAUAGCCUACUUUGUGCCAGUUGUGUGGUCAUGCAGAGGAGAUUCUUUUAGUGAAGAGCGCCAUUGAAAUUCCCAGACAUUUAAAUGGAUUAGUUGGAGCCUUUUGUGAAGCCAUUCAUGCUGAAAACGAUGCUAUUGUUCAGCUAGCCACCUGUCAAACGCAACCAAAAUGUAAAUUCUCCCUGCAGUUAUACAUUUACACUUAUUUACUUAGCAGAUACUUUUCUACAAAGCAAUUUCUAGUGAACUCUAUGU